AGCUGUAGCCGCAGGUGAUAGCCAAACAUUGGGAGGCUCACAGCAACACAAGACUGACUUUUUCGGAGGAAUAAAAGGGGAGACGACGCGAAUGAGCCGUGUUGUGUUGCUCGGUCGAGGCAGCCGACUUUAGGUUUGCAAGAUUUGUCUUUUCGUGGAAGUCACCUGGGAAUCUGUGGGCGGUCGAAAUCCGUCUUUCUUUCUCUGUUUGAGGCGCCAGCAGAAGUCCUGUCUCUGUGAGACUUCCGCGGUUUGCUCGCCGAACAAGUUAUCUGGGAUAAAAGACAACCACGAGUGUUUCCUCUUAUGCGGUCCCAGGUCCUCUGAGCCAUGCCUGGCCACAGCUCUGGGGCCCCCCACACGUCCCGCCACCACAAACACCACAGCUCCAGCUCCAGACCAGAGAAGCACAGAGCGACUCGGACUAUAUCCAGGGAGAGCACAGCCAGCCAAGACUCCUGCAAGGAUCCUCAUGGGGAGCAACUGCAUGAGCACCACACUGACCACCCCCGCUAUUCAGAGAACAAAUAUGGUCGCAGCAGAGGCCACCCACGAAAUGGCACUGGUCGGGGCUCGGAGACUAUAGGAUUUAUUCCCGGGUCAGCAGACAGCACGCCUACCAGCAGACAUGCUUGUGGCUCCUGCGCCUCCAUGGGCUGGAGUAGCUGCAAGGCUCUUAUCUGCUGUGUACUGACUUGUGGAUUUUAUGGCAGCAGAGAGCCCUGCCUGCCUGUUAAUGAGAGCUCCACAGACCAUCCCCCUAAAACAGGCAGCGAGCCUCACCCUCCUAAUGGUGUGGCUGUGACCAACCCCACUUGUGGCAUCCCUUUGGAGUCCAGCAAGUCGACUAAAGGCUCUAGAUUGCCCACGAGUGACAGCUUCCGCUACCCGGAUGUGCGCAUCGCAGGUAAGACAGUAAGGUAUCCGGUUGCUGCCCCCAGACGAACCCGCCCGACUGGCAAGGGGGAAAGCGAGCGGCCUGUCAGCAACACCAGCCUGUUAUCCCGCGAGGACUAUGACUUAGACGACCUGAGUGACACGGGGACUGACAUUGACUCUCUUAUCACCAAGAAGCUGCUGGAGCUUUAUGCCCUGCAUCAGAUCGACCAGCUGGCCAAGUGCACCUCCGACUCCUCCUUCUCCCGCAAGACCAACGAGAUCAGCGAGCUCAUCUACAGCAUCGCUCAGGACUACAACCUGGAGGAGCAGGAGGCUGAGUGCAAGCUGGUGCACGGAGUCAUCCGCAUCAGCACAAGGAAGCCGAAGAGAAAAUCAGGCCAUCAGUCGACAGGACAGCGAGCCAACUGGAGGAACGACGGGACUCUUCCUGACAGCGGCAACGAGACCAUGACCAACACUUUCAUGAGCAGUGACGUUCCAGAGGUGAAAGUGUCAGAGCAGACACCAUCAGAUGAACUGGCGAGGAAGAUGAGACAUUACAGCGGAAGAACAUACUCCUCCAGCACCGCCACAGCCUACUCGCCCUACCAUCAUGACACUGAAACAGACUCUUCAGGAGCUCCUCUUCUUCUUCUCUGAAGGGUGACACAAAAGUAUCCGCGCUAACAACUGAUGUAGCCAACUAGAUGGACAAUGUUAACCUCCUGCUGUAAUUUUUUGUUGUUGCUGUUACUGAGUGGAGCACCUUUUACCCUGGGCGGUGGUACUUCUGGCUAAUGUUUGCUAUUGGAGUGUCAUUUAAAUUGAUGGACCUUUUAUCUCUGCAGUAAAUGACCCACUGUGGAAACAUUUUUUUUUUUUACACAGGGAAAGACAAUGCAGGUCCUCUAAAUGUAUUAGUGUAUGCAGUGUUUGAGGUUGUUUUCAGGAAAAGAAACACUCCAUGCAAUCUUAGCAGUCAGGCCAGAGGACAGAGACUGAUGUUAAGACGUAACCGUCCUCAUUCUUGUCUGUGAUUGUUUAUGCAAGCCAUCGUGCAUGUGCUGUUUGUAUGUUUGGGCUUUUUGACUCCUGCCGUUUAGACGCCUUGAAAGCAAGUGUUGACCUGAAAACUGCGUUGUUAAGCCAUAUUUUGAUGUGCAUAUUGUUAUGUUGAUGUUACUGUCAGGGGUUUUAAGCCAUUGGUGGUUUUUGGCCACAGGUUUUUUUUAAAUUCACAGAUAUGCCCUGUUUUUAACAAAAUAAAAAGUUCCAUGCUUGUUUA